AUGGCUGAAACGUCGUCCGCCGACAAUGUCAGCAUCGUCGGCCGGGUCAGGAGCGCGUCCGUGUCCAUCAUGAACGUGAACCCCCAACUGGGCAUGUGGCAGGCGGCCGGCACGGCGAUCGCGCAUGCGCCCAGCCUCAUGGAGCUCCGCGACCCCGACUCGGGCGGCGACAACAUCGCCUUCACCUCUCAGGGCCACUCGGCGCGCCACGCCGUCCAGGAGCCCCAGGGCGACCUGGCGCUCGUCAGGCCCGUCGCCGGGCGGCGCGCGUCGGCCUUCUCCGACGACGGGCAGCCCGGGUUCCGUAACGUGUUCGGCGACAAGUCCGGCAACAUCAGGGAGGCCGAGGAGCAGCCCGCGUCAGCCGAGACAUUGGACGAGGCGCCUGAGAGCCAGCGGUCCAGCGGAGGCCAGCACUUCCGGCGGCGCCAAAGCCUGUAUGAGAAACACAUGGCCAAGGAGAAGGCGCCGUGGAAGACGACAGUCACCAACGGCCUGAAAGCAUUUUGGAAAUUCUUCCUCACGCCCUCGGGCUUCAUCAUCACGAUUUACUGCCUGAACAUCGUGGGCUGGGGAGCCAUGCUCUUCUUUCUGCUCCUCAAAGCCGCCCCGGCAAUGAACUACCCCACCGCCGACGACGACAACUCGCCCCGGAAGAAGUGGCUCGAGAUCAGCAGCCAGAUCCUUAACGCGCUCUUCUGCGUCACGGGCUUCGGCCUCGCGCCCUGGCGGUUCCGCGACCUGUACCUCUACGUCCGGGCCGUCAACUUCAAGAGCCGGGCGGCCAUGCUGAAGCUCGCCGCGCAGAACAGGGGCUGGUUCCGGCCGCCCGCGUGGGCUGCCGAGGCCGAGAAAGCGCCGCCCGAGACGUUCACGGGCCAGGCCGCGCCGCCGACGGCGCUCUGGAAGCUCGGGUUCACCAUCUGGAUGAUGGUGCUCAACACGUUCCUGCAGGCUGUGCUGUGCUACUUCAUGUGGGGAUACAACCGGCUUGAUCGACCUUCAUGGGCCACUGGCACCUUCAUUGGCUUGGGAUGCGGGGUCGCUAUGCUUGCUGGGCUGGUGUCGUGGUGGGAAGGGCGCAAGGUCAAGAAGAUUGAAGGCCCAGGGGUGAAGAUUGUUCAAGAGGUAUAG